AUGAAUUUUUCUGGACUUGUCUUACUUUUUAUUGUUUACUUUUCUAUAGCACCUGAGGUACCUGUUAUUGAUCAGGCAUACUCAAAGUUGAGCAAUAGUAUAACUGUGGAAUGGGCAGAUGUGGCAGGAGCUACAAGCUAUCAGGUAAUUGCUCAGGCUGGAACACUUUUCUUUGAGUCUACUGUCACAGGCUCCCCAGGAACAGUAACAGGCCUACAAGCAGCUACAACCUACAAAAUUACAGUGAGAUCCAUAAAUUCAGCUGGAAAGAGCCAACCUUCUCCUCCUAAAUGGGCAAAAACAGUUCUGGCAGCUGCAUCUGUCACUGUGGAAUCCUUUAGCAGUGACUCUGUGAGUGUUGGUUGGCAGCCUGUCCCUUCUGCUGUUCUAUACUCCGUUUCUGUUAUGAGAUCAGAUGGAUCUGGCACCAGGUGGAACCAGAACACCACGUCUUUAUCCCUGAACUUCACCUCUCUGGACCCUGGAACCAUUUAUACUAUCAAAGUUCAUGCCUGGGAUGCAAAUGGAAUACCAGGAGAUGACAUCACCUACAGCCAGAUUACACGUCCAGCUGCGCCAUCAGAUGUGCAGAUUACUUUCAACAGUGGAGCUCUGGAAGCCACAUUCUUUGUAGCUGAAGCUGAUGGCUUAUCUAACUACACCAUACUUUUGUAUGGUGGAGACACCAGUAUUAACUGUACAUUGUCUGUGUCCCCAUGCACAAUCACUUCUUUACAGUGUGGAACAGAAUAUGUGGUGUCCCUUUUAGCUAACAAUGAAGCAGGAUCUACGCUGGCACCAAAAACUUGGAGUCUGUUAUCAGUUCCAUGUGCACCUAUUGGGAUCGCAGUUGUGGAGGACAAUCCCGGGAAUCUCACAGUAUCAUGGUCUCAUGGAAACCUCUCUGAUUAUUAUGUUGUGUUUGUGAAGAGUGAUGAUGGUUUUGAAGUUCACUGCAACACAUCCCAGUCACCUUGUUAUUUUCCAUCUGAAUGUGGGUUCAUCUAUUUUAUGAGCGUCUUUGCAUAUAACAAGGCAGGGCAAAGCCCCCUGGGUGAGCUCUUAAAUUAUACUACAGCUCCUUGUUGCCCUAGUGAUAUUACUCCAGCCUUCGUAUCUGGGGAUACUCUGGAGAUUGUUUGGUCUGGUGUGCGAGGUGCAGAAAUGUAUGAGACCAAGGCAGUUGAUGGGACCACUGUCAUCCUCUGUAAUGACACCGCCACAGUCUGUGCCCUCUCUGGCCUCCAGUGUAAUACACAGUACAAUGUAACUGUCUUUUCCUACAGUGAAAACAGAGGCAGCAAUACCUCAUGUGCAUCAAAGUAUAUGAAGACAGCUCCAUGUAGCCCUGAAAUCAAGAAUAUCACAACAGUUGAUGUAAGUAGCUUUAUGGUUAUCUGGGAGUCUGAUAACGAUGGUGCAGAGUACACAGUGACUGCACGAGGAGAGAAUGGAUUGUGGAACUGCACCAGCUCAGGCACUUCAUGCAUACUGGGGAAACUUCCAUGUGGAUCAAUGCAUAUGGUUCAUGUGCUGGCCUCCACUUCUGAAGGAACAAGUCUGCCUAGCUACAGUGUCCCUUUAGAGACAGCUCCCUGCUGUCCAGUAAAUAUAAGUGUAGUGCAGGUCACACAGUCUGUGACAAAUGUCAGCUGGUCCAUCGCUGUUGGAGCACAGACGUAUACUACCAUGCUGGAAUCACCAAAAGGACAAGCAAAGUGCCACACAUUGGAAGACCACUGUCUUCUGGGAUGUAUCACCUGUGGAACAAGCUAUUCAGUGUCCCUAGAAGCUGUCAGUGAAACAGGCCUUGUAUCACAGUGCACAUAUCAUGGGUAUUCAUCAAGUGCUUGUUGUCCAUCUGGAGUCAAGUUGUACCGGCUGUCAAACAGCGGAAUCCGUGUAACAUGGCGGGUUUCACCUGGACCUGAAAACUACACUGUCAAUAUAUAUGGUUCUAAAGGAAAUUUUACCUGCAGUCCAUUCCCCGGAGUCAGCUACUGUGAUGUCACAGAGAUACCAUGUGGGGAUGUAUAUACAGUGGUUGUAUCUCCUGUCAGUGGUGGAGAUACCCAAAUAUCUUUCUGCCCCAAAAAAAAUAUAUUCUGUGACAUGCUCAGGAAGUUCUCUUGGAAUGGGUAA